AUGGACUUCUCUAACAUCUUCCGGCUCGUCAACAUCGCGGUGGGUGUGGUUAUGGUGCUGGGUGGUAUCAGCCAGUUCUUCCCGCCAUCCAUGAGCUCCGUCAUCGUCGGCGCAUACGUGAUUGUCUUCGGUCUGAUUGUUGCCGGUCUGGAAUUCCUCCCCAAUGUCCCCGAUUACGCCUACCGCUACGCUUCGUUCCUCUUCUCCUUCCUGGGCCGUGGUAUCUUCUACAUCUUCGUCGGCAGCAUCAUCCUACACGGCCACGUCCUGCGCGAGAUUGCCGCUUCGAUUGUCGGAAUCACCGGUCUUGCCUACCUGGUUCUGGAGUUCAUUCCGUCCAUUGAGCCCCCUUCCAACAUGCGCGAGUCCGACCAGGGCUGGGGUGCUGAGCAGGUCUAA